GGCCGCCAUGAGGGCCCGGACUGGCGGCGUCUGAGCGCCGUGGACGUGGGCCGGGUGUCGCGGGAGGGGGACGUGGCGGCCCUGCAGGAGCACCUGGAGCACGUCACCUUCUGCAGCGCCGAGCGGGAGCGCUGCCCACACUGCCAGGGCCCCGCCGACCCGCUGCUGCUCAAGCUGCUGCGCCUGGCCCAGCUCUGCACCGAGUACCUGCUGCACUCGCAGGAGUACCUCAGCGCCCAGCUCGGCAACCUGGAGGAGGCCCUGCGGGCCGCCCAGGCCCAGCGCGACCAGCUGGGCAAGGAGGUGGCCCACCGCUCGCAGGAGAUCAAGGGGCUCAAGGAGGAGUGCCGCCGGAGGAAGAAGAUGAUCAGCACCCAGCAGAUGAUGCUGGAGGCCCGAGCCAGCUACCACCAGUGUCAGUUUUGUGAAAAGGCUUUUAUGAACUACUCCUUUUUGCAAAGUCACAUGCAAAGGCGUCAUCCAGAAGAAUCUCAGAUUGAACAGAAGAGGAAAGCAAAGACGGACAAAUUGCAGGAUGAGAUUGAGAAACUGAAGGAGCAGUUGCAGCUCACCAAGUCCCAGUUAGAGGCUGAACAACAGGCUAAUAUGGUCAGGUUUUCUAAGGAAUGUGAACAGCAAAAAUCAAAAGAAGAAGAAAUUCUACAAUCAUUUCAUAAAUGGAAAGAGGAGGAAAAAGAGAAAUUGGCUGAUGAAAUAGAAAAAGUGAAAGAGAUGUUUAUGAAAGAGCUUAAGGAGUUAUCUUCAAGAAAUUCAACAUUAGAAAACCAACUGUUAGAAUUACAAAAGUCCAAUAUGCAACAAAAAUCCAAUUUAGGGACACUGAAAGACAGCCAAGAAUUUACAGAAGAGAAACCUCAGAGUCCUCAGGAUUAUCACAAUGUGGUUAAACUUCUUGAAAAACAGGAAAGUAAGUGGACGUCUAGAAUACAAGCCCUUCAUCAUGACCAUGAGACAGAAAAGUCCCUGCUACUAUCACAGAUUGAGAAGCUUAAAUCAUCAGUGAGAGAAGACCUGAAUAAAAAUAACACCUUUUACAAGAGGAGAAUAGAAGAACUGGGGCAGAGGCUUCAGGAGCAGAAUGAUCUGAUUAUUACUCAGAAGAAGCAGAUAAAAGAAUUGUCCACAAGAUCAGUUGCAAGCAUUAAACCAUAUGAUGUGAACACUACUGUGGAGCAUCUUGAAGAAUCUAAACCAAGUCUAUCAGUGACACAUGAAAUUGAGAAAGGUGAUCAUAAAACAGGUAGAAGUAACCACUAUUUAAUAAAUGCUUUGAAGACUGAUCCUUCUUUAACUAAAGAAUUACGAGUUGUUUUGGAGCAAGCCCUGGAGGAGAAGCUGGAAUCCUUGGGAAUUAAAGCAGGUGUUCGCGGUAUCCCAAAUGAGCGCUUAAAUAAAAUUUUGCGUGCUAUUCAAUCUGCUAGAGAAUGCAAACAGAAGCAAGAGCCUGACAUUCAGCGAAUUCGAGAGCAUCUUGAACGCCAAGUUAGCUUUAGGGUUGAAGAGAAAUCAUCAUCUUGUAAUAGACCUGUUUCCUGUCCUCAACUUCCUUCAGAAGAUAAACAGAAGUUCAGUCAAUUGGGAAUUUCCUCAUCUGCCACACCACAAAAACCAGUAAAACGGUCUUCAACAGCUGUCCGCCCAGCUGAACAAAGACCAGCCAUCGCUGAGAAUACAUCCACGCCAAAAUCCAGGAAGAUUUUUGGAAAUGGAGUUUCCAGAAAGACAUCUAGUAUCACAACUCCACCAUUCAGUUCAGAGGAAGAAGUAGAUGAAUAUGAUAUUAAGCAGUCUUACAUAUCACCAGAGUUAUUGCAAAAGCAGUCAAAAGCAUCAAGCAGCAAAGUCAGUGCUUUUCAGAAGGCUUCUGGCAAAAGCGAUAUCGAUGGGACAGAGGGAAGUGAAAUUGAAGAAACUGGAACACCUGUGAAAACUUCAAAAGGAGCAGUUAUUCAAAAACUGACCGAACAAGUUGGAAAGAGUCUUUCUAACCAUGGAAAUAAGAACAAACCAGCUGGAGGGAUUAAUGUUGCGCAGGCAUUUAUUAAGAAAGAAGAGGUGCAAGAACUGAAGUUCACAGAAGUUGAUGAAGAUGAUUGGGAUAUAUCAUCAGUAGAAGAAGACUUUUUAUUAAUGAAAAGUGAUAGAGGCCAGAAGGCAUUGACAGUUCAGAAAAAUGAGUCAAAUGCUGCAUCUGUGGUACAUGCAUGGGGUCUUCCGAAGACAAGCGUACCAAAGGAGGAAGGCCUUCAUGAAGCUGAUAAUACGAGCACGUUAAAAAGCAGCUUAGUCACUGUAACAGAUUGGAGUGAUUCUUCAGAUAUAUAACUGUUGCAUUCCUGAUGGGAGGCACUGCUCUUGGCUUCCGUUGG